AAUUUCACGUGAGCACAUCCUGCUCAGCGCCUGCGUUUGUUUUUCGUCUCGUUUUUUGCUCUUCAGAACCACUGGUACUUUUCCCAUUGGAUAAAACGCUGAGAGGGUGAGGGAGAGGGGCUUCUUCCCCAGCUUUCCUCGCAGCCAAUCGCCCUGCAGUUUCCCUCCCGUCGCUGGGGUAGUCAGCUCGUUGAUUGGCGGGCCCGAGGGGAGCCAAUCGGAAACUGAUGAUGUGUGGUGUUGGCAAGCAGAUUGCGUGACAGCGGGCAGGGGUCGCGGGAGCGCGAGCGCCGCCGCGGCGGCCGGCAGCCAAUGGCCAGGCCGAGCGGAUCCCUGCGUCAGGAGCGGGCGGGGCUUCGGCGAUUGGCGCGGAGGGAGUAGAGCGGGCGCUGUGGGAGGGAACGCCAGAGCGAGGUGGUGAGGCGAGCUGGUUGCGUGAGUCUCCACAGCUCCGCUUCCCGGUGCGACUAGCGGCAGCGACGCGGCUAAAAGCGAAGGGGCGAGUGCGAGUCCCUUGAGCUGUACGAGUGCGGUCGCCAUGGACCGCCCAGAUGAGGGGCCUCCGGCCAAAACCCGUCGCCUGAGCAGCUCCGAGUCUCCACAGCGCGACCCGCCCCCGCCGCCGCCGCCGCCGCCGCCGCCGCUCCUCCGACUGCCGCUGCCUCCACCCCAGCAGCGCCCGAGGCUCCAGGAGGAAACGGAGGCGGCACAGGUGCUGGCCGAUAUGAGGGGGGUGGGACUGGGCCCCGCGCUGCCCCCGCAGCCUCCCUAUGUCAUUCUCGAGGAGGGGGGGAUCCGCGCAUACUUCGCGCUCGGUGCUGAGUGUCCCGGCUGGGAUCCUACCAUCGAGUCGGGGUAUGGGGAGGCGCCCCCGCCCACGGAGAGCCUAGAAGCACUCCCCAUUCCUGAGGCCUCCGGGGGGAGCCUGGAAAUCGAUUUUCAGGUUGUGCAGCCCAGCAGUUUUGGUGGAGAGGGGGCCCUAGAAACCUGUAGCGCAGUGGGGUGGGGGCCCCAGAGAUUAGUUGACCCAAAGAGCAAGGAAGAGGCGAUCAUCAUAGUAGAGGAUGAGGAUGAGGAUGAGCAGGAGAGUAUGAGGAGCAGCAGGAGGCGGCGGCGGCGGCGGAGGAGGAAGCAGAGGAAGGUGAAGAGGGAAAGCAGAGAGAGAAAUGCCCAGAGGAUGGAGAGCAUCCUGCAGGCACUGGAGGAUAUUCAGCUGGAUCUGGAGGCGGUGAACAUCAAGGCAGGCAAGGCCUUCCUGCGUCUCAAGCGCAAGUUCAUCCAGAUGCGAAGACCCUUCCUGGAGCGCAGAGACCUUAUCAUCCGGCAUAUCCCAGGCUUCUGGGUCAAAGCAGUAUCCUUCUAAUCGAUACUCCAUGGGUCAGAAGACCGUGACAGGAAAGGGGGAGGUGGGGGAGGGACAGAAAAGGUAAAG